UUCACAGUAGCUUGCCGAGCUCGGAGAUUUACAGUCAGAGCUCAGUGUUUCUUUUGGAGUGAACAUGGGAGUGGGGUUGGUGCUACUUACAGCUCUGCUGGGGCUGCUUGGGUACGUCUUUCACUGCAUGCGAAACAGGAUGCAGUACUGGCAGAAGCUGGGGAUACCGUGCGAAGAGCCUCAUAUUCUAUUGGGCAACAUGAAAGAAGCUCGUACCACACUUUCCGCCCACGAAGUUUUCUUGAAGUAUUACAAUAAAUUCCGAGGCAUGGGACCAUUUGUUGGUUUCUAUUUUUUCCAUCGCCCGGCAGUUCUGGUUAUGGAUCUAUUUUUAGUGAAGCAAAUAUUGAUUAAGGAAUUCAACAUCUUCACGGAUCGCGGCUUCUUUAGCAACCCUGAGGAAGAUCCCCUUUCUGGUCGUUUGGCGCUACUCGACGGACACAAGUGGAGGAGCAUGAGGCAUAAACUAACAUCGACAUUUACCUCUGGCAAAAUUAAGUUGAUGUUUCCCACAGUUGUCAAAGUGAGUCAUGAAUUUGUCGAUGUUUUCGGUGAAAUGACGGCAAAGUCAUCGAUUGUGGAGGUCAAGGAGUUGCUAGCACGGUUUACCACAGAUGUUAUUGGAACUUGUGCCUUUGGCAUUGACUGCAACAGUCUCAAAGAUCCCGAGGCUGAGUUUAGGGUUAUGGGACGGCGUGCGUUAAGUGAAAUGCGACAUGGUCGCCUUGGAAUGGCAUUCUUAACUAGUUAUCCUGAUUUGGCUCGACGAUUGCACAUGAAGAUGACACCAGAUCACAUUGAAAACUUCUUUUUGCGCAUUGUGAAGGAGACGGUUAAAUUUAGGGAGGAGAAUGGAAUACGGCGCAAUGAUUUUAUGGAUCAGUUGAUUGACUUGAAGAACAACAAUCUAUUAAAGUCAGAGACUGGAGAGAGUAUGAAUUUAACCAUUGAAGAAGUGACUGCUCAGGCAUAUCUGUUCUUUAAUGCUGGCUUCGAAACCUCUUCCACCACAAUGGGAUUUGCCCUGUACGAGUUGGCUCAACAUUCCGAUAUACAACAGCGAAUGAGAGAUGAGGUGAACAAGGUGUUGUCAGCAAAUAAUGGAGAGCUAACUUAUGAAGCGCUAAAGGAUAUGGUUUACGUAAAUCAAGUCAUAUCAGAAAUUCUUCGUCUUUACACUGUACUUCCAAUACUGAGUCGUCAGGCUCUUGAGGACUACGUUGUGCCCGGCUAUCCGAAAUAUGUCAUCAAGAAGGGCAUGCCUGUGAUAAUUCCCGCUGGUGCCAUGCAUCGGGAUGAGAAAUUGUAUCCUAAUCCAAAUCAAUUCAAUCCAGACAACUUCGAACCAGAGCGAGUGAAGAACCGUGAUUCUGUGGAGUGGUUGCCAUUUGGUGAUGGACCUCGCAACUGCAUUGGAAUGCGAUUUGGAGAAAUGCAGGCUCGCAUUGGUCUAGCCAUGCUUGUCAAGAAUUUUAAAUUCAGCGUGUGUGCUAAGACUCCUAUACCGAUGAAGUACAAUAAGUCGAGCUUCUUGUUAAACAGUGAAUCUGGUAUCUUCUUGCACGUGGAGCGCAUUUAAUGGAUGUCUUGUCUUCAAGACUAUACUCAAUAGCUAAAGUUAUUGUUUUAUUUAGUUCUUGACAGUCGUUGUUGCAAUGGUUUUGUAUUUCUUUAACAAGCUUUUUAUCUUAUUCUGGUUCAGAAAUUUGUUAAAUGCAAACUGGAUCAAUAAAAAUUAUUAUCACAUUCUCCAACU